UACUUUUGGAUGAUCGUGAAGUAGAACGAAAAUUUUCACAGUUUGCUACAAUCGAAUCAUAAUCCAUCGCAGAGUGCUACUUUUUGGAGUGAAAACUAUGCUUGGUGAAGAAUUUACCGAAUGAAGACUGGAUUGGAUGAAGCGGAUCGUUGGAAUACGCAUUAAAUAGUGUUCACUACGGCGAACGGAAGCCUAUCGCAAACCAACAAAUCAACUCUACUGCAAUGAGUGAGAGCGUGGAAUCCCUUGGUGCUACCGGAGGUGGUCCUGGCGCCGGCCAACAUCACCACCAGCAGCAACAACAAUACGUAGGCAGCAUUGAAGACAUUUACCGACAGCAGGAAGCACUUGAUCAGUUAAGUGACUCAGAUUCCGAGUCACUAGAUGAGCUGGACGAAUGCUACGAGGCGGUAAAUCGGGCGGGUGAAUCGGCCGAGCACGGCCAAGUUGGCCCAGGUUUGGAUGUCACCGCCCGGUACACAACCUGUCUGUUCUGCAAGAAACCAUUUCAGUUGAAGAAGGAACUGAAGAAGCAUUUGUUCGAGCACAUGAAGAACUUGAAGCCAAUGAAGGAGAAGAAGAUCGUGGAGAAGAAAUUCAAAUGCCAUAAAUGUUUCAAAACGUACACCGAGAAGGCUCGGGCGGAGAAGCACAUGACAAAGUGCAAGAAGGUGUCCAAGCUGCUGCUGGACAUGAACAACACAACCCCCGAUGGCAACCGGAUACUGGGCGGUGCAGGGGACUUCGAGGGUGGUGGCGACAGGAAGAAGAGCGGCAAAUUUCGGGAACCUACCUCACCGAGAUCGUUGGUUUUCGAUCCGGAAUCGGAACAGGAUGAGCGGUGGGAGCACCGCGAGCGGAAUACGGUGGUGCAUUUCGACGAACGGAACAUUGCCCGCGGUGGUAGCACAGAUGAAUCGCCAUCGUCGCCCCCAGCAGUCAGUGGCGGCGGGGGAGGAGACGGAUCGUACUACCAGCAGUACCAGAGGUGUAAGUAACGUGGCGUAUGGAACCCCGAAAGCCGAGUGAUCGGAGCCUCUCGCAACUGCAACGGCAGAAAAUCGCUAGUUUAUAAGGACUCAUACACAGUUUAGCGUUAUGUAUGUUGUAAGUUAUGGGAGUAUAUAGAAAACAAAAUAACAAAGGAAUAAUGCGAUGCCCGAAUUUCUGUUGUUUCAUAUAAUGAAUGCUAUUAUAAACAGUAAUAAGAAGAAGAAAAAAACGACUGAGUAAGCCGCCGGGGGAGGCAGAGCGCGGUAAAGCAUAAUAGAAAUUGAUGAUGUUUCCAUACAAAUAAUAGUAGAAAAAGUGCAGACAAAUGGACUCAGGUUGAAAAACACAAAAAUCACAAACAUGCAUUAACAUAAUGGAAGUGGUGAAUGAAAACUAAUCGAAGAUUAAGGAUUACAGUCCGAUGCAAGCUACCAACAAAUCUCAUUCAACACCAUGAACAAUAGUUUCGAAUCCUUUAGUAAACGUGAAGGUAAACAAUUAACGGAAACAAAACAAACGUUCAGAUCCACUGGCUCGGGCACGCAAAGGGAGACAACAUAUAUAUGAAUUGGUUUUAUUAUUUACUUUAAUUUAUUUAUACUGAUAAUAAAAGAUUGUGAUACUUGCCACAUACAAUUAAAA